AUGGAUGUUAAAAGUGUGUUCCUAAAUGGCUACAUCUCUGAAGAAGUAUAUGUGAAGCAACCACCUAGAUUUGCAAAUGUCACCUUUCCUAAUCAUAUAUACAAGUUGACUAAAGCUUUAUACGGGCUCAAACAAGCCCCUCGUGCAUGGUAUGAAAGGUAUCAAGGGUUCAAAAGAGGUAAUAUCAAUACAACUCUUUUUAUUAAGCACUCCAGUUCAGGUAAUCUUAUUAUUCAAAUCUAUGUAGAUGAUAUUAUUUUUGGCAGCUCUAACUCUGUUCUUUGUGAAGAAUUUGCUCUUUCCAUGAAAGAAGAAUUUGAGAUGAGUAUGAUGGGAGAACUGACUUUCUUUCUUGGUCUUCAAAUCAAGCAGUCUACUAAGGGGAUUUUCAUUAGCCAAACCAAGCACACUAAGGAGAUUUUCAAAAAGUUUGGCAUGGAAAAUGCUAAGUCAAUUGGCACUCCAAUGAGUCCAACUAUAAUGCUAGAUGAAGACAGCAAUGGAAAAAAGGUUGAUAAAAUCAUGUAUAGAUUAAUGAUUGGAUCUCUAUUAUAUCUAACUACUAGUCGACCGGAUAUUAUGUUUAGUGUGUGCAAAUGUACAAAAUUUCAGUCGGCUCCUAAGGAAUCCCAUCUUUCUGCUGUUAAACGGAUUAUUAGAUACUUAAUUGGUACCUCUGAGCUAGGAUUAAUGUAUGAUCGUUCUAACAAUUUUUCUCUAAAAGGCUUUUCAGAUGCAGAUUUUGCAGGUGACAAGAUUGAUAGAAAGAGCACUAGUGGGACAUGUCAAUUUCUAGGAAAUGCCUUAGUAUCUUGGCAUAGCAAGAAACAAAAUUGUGUUGUACUAUCCAUAACUGAGGCAGAAUACUUAGCCGUUGGAAGCUGUUGCACACAAAUUCUAUGGAUUAUGCAUCAACUUCUCGACUAUGAUUUAUCUCUUACAUCUACUCUUAUAUUCUAUGAUAAUACUAGUGCUAUCUGUUUAUCAAAAAAAUUUGUGCAUCAUUCUAGAGCAAAGCAUAUAGAAAUUAAACCUCAUUUUAUCCGUGAUCAUGUUGCAAAAGGUGAAAUUGUUUUAGGAUUUAUUAGUACUGAUUCUCAACUUGCUGAUAUUUUUACAAAACCACUUUUGGAAGAAAGAUUUUGUCUACUCCGAAAAAGGAUUGUCAUUGUGCCAAAUUUGUAA